CUUUAUCUGAUAUGGGAGCCACAGAUAGUAAACUAACGUUCCGAAAAAGCGUAUUUCGUUUAUACGAAGACAAGACUAUUUCAGUAACAGAGAAUGAUUUUUGGGAACUGUUUUGGAAUUUGCCUGAAUCCGUUGAUGAUAUCUUUUCCUUGAUUGGUGCCAAUGAUAUUCGACGCACGCGAGAUACCGCUCGAGAAAACUUUGAAAUUUUAAUAGACAAAGUCCUAGAAAAAAUGCAAGCUAUUUUAGAAUCAAGUCAUUUCCCUUCAGAACAACAUUCGAUAAAUCACUUGUUGAAUUGCUGUCGUGUCAUGACUCGCAUAAUGCCCUUUGUGUUUGAAACAGACACACCAUGGGAAGAAAGUUUCUUUUGGACUCCACGUCAAGUCGAAAAACCCACCACCACGAAUGUGGAGGCCACAGCCGAUACCAAGCCUGAAUAUGACAUGCUACCAUGUCGUGGUGAAUUACUCUUAACAUUGACGAUUCAGUCUUUGUUUUUAGCGGGGUUCACAUUACCUAUUUCAUUCGCCACAAAGGAAUCCAAAAUCGUCUAUGCCAUUUGGGAAAACGGUGUUGGUUCCUCGAUCCCCAUUUCCACUUACAAGGACAACGAAUCCAACCGUACCGAAGUGCUUCGAUUAUUAGCCGUACUCUUAUCCAAAUCCAUGUACGUCUUACCGUCUCAAUUACUGGUACGAGAAGAUCCUUGGCUUCGUUUUGUAGCCGUACAGACUGAACGCAAAAUUGUGUUGGUGACUUUAUGUAGUCUACUCAAUACCGUGUGUAAUUACGAUCCCACGGGCUGGGUUCCUUACAAUCAUGUGGUCGUCGGUGGUCCACGAGAGCAAUUGGUCUCCUUUUGUUUGACCACUUUACUCAUCUUGCUGGAUUAUCGAUCCCCGCGUCAAGCAGCGGAUAUAUUACGUCAGCAUCAGCAUCAGCAGGGAGAAGAAGGUACGAUCACCAUCGAUACCGUACAACCAUCCACUCUACCCAAAACCAGUGUGGAAUUAGAGGUAUUCACACCUUCGAUGGAGGAUGGUCAUUAUCCCAAUGAAGAAAACGCCUUUAGACAUUACAUGUCAAAACUUCAUCGAAAGAAGGACUUUGAGUUCUUGAUGAACGGCAUUCAUCGAUUGUUGAUUAAUCCAAUGACAGCUGUCAAUACUUAUUUACCGGGUUCAACUAAGCGUGUAGGAUGUUAUAUUGAUGUCAUGAUGAUGUGUUGGCGACUGAUCGAGACAAAUACUAGAUUUACAAAGUAUUUGGUAGAAACUGAUCGUGUACUUGAUUUAACCGUAGCUUUAGUUUUUCAUGCAGUGGAAAACAAGGAUAAAUUAUCUCAAAUAGGGUUGGUGCGUAUGUGCGCAUUUAUGCUUCAAACCUUAUCUUUUAAUAAGGAAUUCAGUGAAAAACUCAACAAACCUUUUACCACGCAUUCCUCCUUACCCUCCACUAUUCGACUGUAUGCAUUUCAUGGCACUUAUGCAGACUUUUUAAUCAUUUCCAUUUUUCAUUUGAUAGCCACCACACAGGGAAGACUCUCUAGCUUGUACCCGGCUCUCAUCUUGACCAUCGCCAAUAUUUCACCUUACUGCAUCAACCUGGGUGUUACCACCGUCUCUAAACUCAUGAGUCUUUUCCAAUCCAUGUCUUCCCCUACCUUUUUAUUUGCCGAUGAAUACAAUUUCCAACUAGUCGCUUAUCUUUUGGAAACCUUCAAUAAUAUCAUUCGCCAUACUCCACAGGAGAAUUCAAACUUGAUUUACUCUGUCGUGCUACAUCAUGCGGAUUUUGAGAAAUUACAGGCCAUGACCUUUGAUGAUGCGCUGGUCCAAGUGGAAAAAGUGCGUAAAAUGAAGGAAAUCAGGGACGAGGAAGGUUCAACUACAGUGGAUCAACCCGAGGAUACGUCAGUCGAUGCAUCCUCAUCUUUAGCCACAGCCAAGGUCACAUCAGUAGAUGCACCCCUAGUCACAGCUGAGGAUGCAUCCAACGUAACAGAGUCAGUAGCCGAGGACAAGUCAGUGGUAAAAGAGUCAGUAGACGAGGACAAGUCAGUGGUAACAGAAGUAUUAGCCGAGGACAAGCCAGUCGAUGCAGCAUCAGCAGCAGCAGCAGCAGCAGCCGAGGAUACAUCAGUAAAAACAGAUGCAAUGACAACAAGUGGGGAAGGAUCCGUAGCAAAGGAUACAGCUGAGACAGAGGAUGCAGCUAUCGAAGAGAAAGCCGAAGUAGCAGGAGAGACAGAGACCAAAGAGACAACCGAGACGAUGACCACUCAAACGAGCGAGGAUGACACUGCAGGAGAAAUGAACAAAGAAGAACCCGUGAAAUCAACCGAAGGUUUCCAACCUACGGAAUCUUGGAUGGCAUUUUGGAAAGAGAAAUUACCAUUGCAUGUUCUAUUGGAAUUGAUCCGAGACUUGUUACCGCAGGUGGAAGAAAAAUGCAAAGAUGCUAAUGUGACGUUGGAUGAAUUAAUGCAAUUUUUAAAGUUACAUAAUUACCCACCAGCGGCGGCGGGGGAACAGGUGAUGUUUAUGCGAAAGUUUCAAUGGGGAGAAGCCUUAGUGAUUUGGUUUCGUAGUAUGAUGUGGGGUCAGAAUUACGUUUCUUCUAUGAAGGAGUGUGGACCUUGGAAUGGCACACAUGUCAAACUCUUUCAAAUUAAGCAAGAAUAAAUCUACACCCGGGUCAAAAAAAAAAUUGGUUUUUUUGUCAUACUUUCUAAAAAAAAAAAAAAAUCACACACACACACACACACACACACACACAC